AUAGGCAGGGGCGCGCAGCCAGUACCCUCAGAUCUGAAGCAAUAACACGACAAGUUUUAUUUUCCAUUGUCAGUUCUUCUAUUUAACUCGCCGAAAUUAUUUUCUGUUUCAUUCUCCCACAUCUUGUGGCUAAAAGAAGGAAUGGCGAAGGCUCCAGCUGUUGGCAUCGACCUGGGCACGACCUACUCGUGCGUGGGCGUCUUCCAGCACGGAAAGGUGGAAAUCAUAGCCAACGACCAAGGCAACAGAACCACUCCCUCUUACGUGGCAUUCACAGACACUGAGAGACUGAUCGGAGAUGCCGCCAAGAACCAGGUCGCCAUGAAUCCCAACAACACGGUCUUCGACGCCAAGCGACUCAUCGGCCGCAAGUUCGAUGAGGCGUCGGUGCAGAGCGACAUGAAGCACUGGCCAUUCAACGUCAUCUGCGAUGGCGGCAAACCAAAAAUUCAAGUCGAUUACAAAGGCGAGACGAAGACAUUCUUCCCAGAAGAGAUCUCCUCUAUGGUCUUGAUCAAAAUGAAGGAGACUGCUGAGGCCUAUUUGGGCCACACAGUCAAGGAUGCUGUAGUCACUGUCCCUGCUUACUUUAAUGAUUCCCAGAGACAGGCCACAAAGGAUGCUGGCACUAUCUCCGGUAUGAAUGUUUUGCGUAUCAUCAAUGAGCCUACAGCUGCUGCUAUUGCCUAUGGCCUUGACAAGAAAGUUGGGGGUGAGCGCAAUGUCCUGAUCUUUGAUCUUGGGGGUGGCACCUUUGAUGUGUCUAUUCUGACCAUUGAGGAUGGUAUCUUUGAAGUAAAGUCCACUGCUGGAGAUACUCAUCUGGGAGGAGAGGACUUUGACAACAGGAUGGUUAACUUCUUCAUGCAAGAGUUCAAAAGAAAGUACAAAAAGGAUCUCUCAUCAAACAAGCGUGCUAUCAGGAGGCUAAGAACUGCCUGUGAACGCGCCAAGCGUACUCUCUCAUCUUCAACUCAGGCGAGCAUUGAAAUUGACUCUCUCUUUGAAGGCAUUGAUUUCUAUACCUCAGUUACUCGCGCUCGUUUUGAGGAACUUUGCUCUGAUCUCUUUAGAGGAACUCUGGAGCCAGUAGAAAAAUCUCUUCGUGAUGCUAAGAUGGACAAGACUCAGAUUCAUGACAUUGUCUUAGUUGGAGGCUCUACUCGAAUUCCCAAGAUUCAGAAACUUUUGCAGGACUUCUUCAAUGGCAAAGAUUUAAAUAAAUCCAUCAACCCUGACGAAGCUGUCGCAUAUGGUGCUGCUGUACAGGCUGCUAUCCUUAGUGGUGACAAGUCUGAAACUGUUCAAGAUCUGCUUCUACUUGAUGUCACUCCUCUCUCUCUUGGUAUUGAAACUGCUGGAGGUGUCAUGACUGCGCUUAUCAAGCGUAACACAACCAUCCCAACUAAGCAGACCCAGACAUUCACCACUUACUCAGACAAUCAGCCUGGUGUACUCAUCCAGGUAUAUGAGGGCGAGCGUGCCAUGACCAAAGACAAUAACCUUCUUGGUAAGUUUGAACUCACUGGUAUUCCACCAGCUCCACGCGGCGUCCCGCAGAUUGAAGUCACUUUCGACAUUGACGCUAACGGCAUCCUCAACGUCUCUGCUGUAGACAAGUCUACGGGUAAAGAGAACAAGAUCACCAUCACCAACGACAAGGGACGGCUGAGCAAGGAAGACAUCGAGCGCAUGGUGCACGAAGCUGAGAAGUACCGCGAAGAGGACGAAAGUCAGCGCGACCGCAUCUCAGCCAAGAACUCUCUCGAGUCCUACUGCUUCAACAUGAAGUCUACCGUCGAGGACGAGAAGUUCAAGGACAAGAUCCCCGAGAGUGACCGUCAGACCAUCAUCAGCAAGUGCAACGAGACCAUCCAGUGGCUCGAUUCGAACCAGCUGGCUGAGAAAGAAGAGUACGAGCACCGCCAGAAGGAGGUGGAGCAAGUCUGCAAUCCCAUCAUCACGAAGAUGUACGCCGCGGCUGGUGGUCCUCCUCCAGGUGGUAUGCCCGGUGGUAUGCCCGGUGGUAUGCCAGGUGGUGCCCCAGGUGGACCCCAGGGUGGUGCUUCCGGUAGUGGACCAACAAUCGAAGAGGUUGAUUAAACAGUAGGCCCAUACAUAUGAGAAAUAAAACUGCUUAUGUUCACAUCAUCACAUUCAAGUGACUAAAUCUCGUCCAGUCAUUAAGUUAAAUCAAAAGGGAAAUAAUCUGAAAAAUGCUAAAUUAGCUGAAAAGAACAAUAAUGAUAUAGUAGGUACUUCUCGUAUGUAAUGCUCUGAUUGAUUGCUGUCUUCUUAUCACCUACAAUUAAGGUUCGACUUACGAUUUUAUACAAUAUUUUUGUAAUAAAAUUACCUGAUA